UUAUGAUCACGUGACAUGAACAUCUGUCACAUGAUAUAGGAAUAUGGAUGUUUUUACAAGUACAGUAUAAAAUAAGACGAUGUUGACAGGACAGUAAAUAAACAGUUAUAUCAUCUUAAACAAGAACUACACAAACAAGAAUAAACUCAAGCUGGACUCUGUGUCGAUUUUAUGACGUCCAAUUUUACUUUCAGCAGAUGUUCGUCAUAUACGGUGUUCGAGUUAUCGCGUGUUGGCAAUAUCAGAUGUUUUGAUAUUUAUUGUUCGCGUUAUCAAGUGUUCGUUUCAUCAGGUGUUGGUGAUGUCAAGUUUGCGUGAUACAAGGUGUUCGGGUAUACUUUAACAAAUCAACAAAUUAAAGCUAAAUAUUCGUGAAAUCCGGUGUUCGGGUUAUCGCGUGUUCGUGUUAUCAGAUGCUCGUAACUAUAGUUGUUUGUGUUAUAGAAGGUGUUCGGGUGUCCUUUAACAAAUCAAUAGAAUAAAGCUAAAUAUUCUUGAAAUCCGGUGUUCGAGUUAUCGCGUGUUCGUGUUAUCAGAUGCUCGUGACAUUAGUUGUUUGUGUUAUACAAGGUUUUCGGGUGUACUUUAACACAUCAAUAAAAUAAAGCUAAAUAUUUAGACUAUAAACUGCUUAUAAACUGCACAUGCAAUUUGUUUUGGAUAUCAACAACGUUACAGUGAAGUUUUUAUUGGGAUAUUUGAGCUUAAUUCUAAUUAUCCUUAUAAAUGAAACCAUUCUGAUACAAAUUAACAUAUAUUUAACUGAUUCAGAUGAUGAAAACCUGUUCUAGUCAUGGCAACAAAAACAAUAUAGUAUGAUGUGAAGUACUGAAACUAGUCGUGUUCCUAACAAAUGCUGUAUCAUCUAUUAUUGGUAUAGUCAGUUGCUGCAUCAUCUCUAUUUGGUAUUGUCAAUUGCUGCAUCAUCUCAAAUUGGUAUAGUCAAUUGCUGCACCAUAUCUAGUUGGUAUAGUCGGUUGCUGCAUCAUCGCUAAUUGGCAUGGUCAAUCGCUAAUUGGCAUGGUCAAUUGCUGCAUCAUCUCUAAUUGGUACAGUCAAUUGCUGCAUCAUCGCUAAUUGGUAUAGUCAAUUGCUGCAUCAUCUCUGAUUGGUAUAGUCAGUUGCUGCAUCAUCUCUAAUUGGUAUGGUCAAUUGCUGCGUCAUCUCUAAUUGGUAUGGUCAAUUGCUACAUCAUCUCUAAUUGGUAUAGUCAGUUGCUGCAUCAUCGCUAAUUGGUAUGGUCAAUUGCUGCAUCAUCGCUAAUUGGUACGGUCAGUCGCAGCAUCGACUUUAAUUGGUAUAGUCAAUCGAUACAUCAUCUCUUAUUGGUAUAAUCAAUUGCUGCAUCAUCACUAAUUGGUAUAGCCAGUUGCUGGAUUAUCUCUAGUUGGUAUAGUCAAUCGCUGCAUCGUCUCUUAUUAGUAUAGUCAAUUGCUGCAUCAGCUCUAAUUGGUAUUGUCAGUUGCUGCAUCAACUUUGAUUAUUUUGUAAUCUAGACGAUGGAUCGCUUACUAAGAAGGACAGCUAAAACGAAAACAUAAAAAAACAACCCUUCCUUUAAAUUCGAAAACAUUCAAAGGAUUUUUCAAAAUGGCUUCUACAGCGAAAUCUCAGAUGGUUGAUGAAAUGGACGGAUCAAAAACUCUUUUAAUCCCAAAGAAAAAACAUUCUGCCUACGUGUAUAUCUUAACGUUUUUCGCAGUUUUAGGUGGAUUUUUAUUCGGAUAUGAUACUGGAAUUAUAUCAGGUUCAAUGUUGUUAAUACGACCUUAUUUUGACUUGGAUACUUUUUGGACCCAGUUGAUUGUGAGUGCUACAGUUGGAUCAGCGGCUGUAUCAGCUUUAAUAGCUGGAUUUAUGUCAGAUUGUCUGGGUAGAAAGGUUGUUAUUAUUCUUGGUAGUUUUGUAUUCGCUGUUGGAGCUGUUGUAAUGGGUGUAGCUGAUUCACAAGUUAUUCUGUUGGUAGGGAGAAUUAUAGUUGGUAUUGGUGUUGGUUUUGCAUCUAUGACAGUACCAGUAUAUGUAGCCGAGGCAGCGCCACCUGAUAUUAGAGGAAGAUUAGUUACCUUAAAUCAACUGUUUAUUACAAUAGGUCUUCUGGCAGCCAGUUUAGUAGCUGGGGGAUUUAGUAGUUGGGAGGACACUGGAUGGAGGUAUAUGUUGGGAUUAGGUGGGGUUCCGGCCAUCUUUCAAUUUUUGGGAAUGUUAUAUCUACCAGAGAGUCCUAGAUGGUUGAUCGACCAGGAGCUCGAGGCUACAGCACGUGCUAGUCUCGUACAGAUCAGAGGUACAGAAGACGUGGAUAAGGAAUUAGAAGAUAUUAAAGAGAGUGUUGCUAAUGCCAAGAAAGCUUCUUUAGAUGAUAGCAGAUUAGUAAUUAUAAGAAUCUGGACAACACCACAUGUUAGACGAGCCCAGAUUGUUGGUGCAUUUCUUCAGAUCUUUCAACAAGCGUGCGGUAUUAAUACAAUCAUAUAUUACAGUGCUUCUAUAUUAAAGAUGGGCGGUUUCUCAGUUCAACAGUCUAUAUGGUUGGUGGCUAUACCAUAUAGUAUCAACUUUCUAGCUACAUUCAUAGGAUUAGGUCUUGUUGAUAGGGUGGGCAGAAGAAUCUUACUCUUAGCUAGUUUUAUAGGUGUAUUUAUAUCAUUAGGGAUCAUGGCAACCGGCUUUCAACUAGCAGCUAUAAAUUCUCCACCAAUACAUCUAUAUGAGAAUAACACAGAUAUAGAUACAAGUUGUAAUACCACAGAUUAUAGAUCAUGUAACGACUGUACAACCAACCUAGACUGUGGCUAUUGUUACUCUUCAACAAUGGACGGUUCUUGUCUUCCGGUUGAUAACGAUAACGAGGCUGAUUCUAUGCUAGGACGAUGUAAUAAUUCAGAUACAUCCGGAUCUAAAUAUAUCUUUACGUAUGAUUUCUGUCCCAAUGAUUAUGGUUGGAUGUUGGUUGCUGGCAUGGGAUUGUUUGUGACGUCAUUCGCACCAGGAUUAGGGCCCAUGCCAUGGACUGUUAAUUCUGAGAUUUAUCCCUUAUGGGCGAGAAGUACUGGGUUUUCUGUCGCCACAGCUGUUAAUUGGUCCUUUAACUUGUUGGUGUCCUUUACAUUCCUUUCAUUGAUGCAGCUUAUUACUAAAUAUGGAACAUUUUGGUUAUAUGGUGGAUUCUGUGUCAUAGGAUUCAUAUUUACUCUAAUAUUCGUUCCGGAAACAAAAAAUAAAACUUUAGAAGAAAUGGAAGACUUAUUUAAAACUGACGAGGAAAGAAAACUGGAAAAAUCAAAAUUAGGAAAAAAUAAAAUAAACGAUAAAAAAGAAACGGGGAACGAAACUGGGUUUUGAAUUUGUUUUUUUUCUGAAAGACGUUUGUUGAUUGUUUAAAUUAUUAAAUUGUUUUGUUAAUGAAAGACUUUGUUAUUUAUUGUAUACGUGGUAUUCAUCGUCUAUUUGUUAUCCAUUGUCUAUUUGUUAUUCAUUGUCUAUUUGUUAUUCAUUGUCUAUUUGUUAUUCUUUGCUUAUCUGUUAUUUAUGUGCUAUUCAUUGUCUAUGUUCUAUUCAUUGUCUAUAUGCCAUUUAUUGUCUAUGUUUUAUUCAUUGUUUAUCUCUUAUCUAUGUGUUAUUCAUUGUCUAUGUGUUAUUCAUGUGUUAUUCAUUGUCUAUGUGUUAUUCAUGGUCUAUUUGUUUUACCCAUUGUCUAUUUGUUUUAUUCUUUGUUUAUGUGUUAUUCAAUGUCUAUUUGUUAUGCAAUGUCUAUUUGUUAUCCAUUGUCUAUGUGUUAUUCAUUGUUUGCUAUUCAUUGUCUUAGAUUUA